ACCAGCCAUGGGACUGAAGGUUAUGUUGCAGGUGUUGGUAUAUGUUGCAUGUGCGCAUACCUUAUUUGGGGUAUCAUCGGUGCACGCCGGCCCUUCUCUCCUUCCCUACACCGGCCUACACACUUCUUGCACAACCUACUCCAGCCUACUAGGAUGUCUGCAAGAGGCUUGUAAAGACCUCAAGACACUCCUGGCGGCCGCUGAUACAAACCACAUAAUGAAAGACUCAAACACCUUGAACGUUUUAGUAACGCGAGCCCAACAAUGGGCCACAAAGUUCCAGCGUGAUCUACGUUGGUUCACCAAGAUGUAUAAGUUAAGAGAGCCGCUGGUAAACACUGUGGAGAGGGAGGCUGACCAACGGUAUUUACCCAACCCUCUUUUAACGUCACCAGACAGCGUUAUACAACUUCAAAAGACAAGAUUUACAGCUCUUCAACCUUACUGGCUGGCAAGUAAAACCUUCGCUAAUUUUAUCGUUCAGCACAAGAAGCGAACAAGAUUCCCAGCACAACAUAGCCAUCACAGCCAGGCUGAUCUAGCACUUCUUGAAGAGUUGUUGGUGAAGGUGUGCAGGAUGGAGGAAGCGGGCGAGUCAAACAAAGUAAGCGUGGCAGAGGUCGACGUGGCAGCAGUGGUGAGGGAAGUGCCAGCAACUUUCCUGAGCGUGGCACUGGGUCCCCGCCUUAUCCAACACAAAUGGUUAAACUUCAACACCAGCUCCCCUCUGGUGUUGACUCUCACCAGAGCCUUGGCUCCAGCUGUCCUCAGGAUGGGGGGAUCAGCAGCUAACUUUCUCACUUAUGACCCAGCAAGUCAAAACGUUUCCUGGCCAGCGUCUCCCAGCCACAACCUCGAGCAACACACUACCUCAGUAACUCCCUCACUCCAGGUCCUGCAAGACACCGCAAACUCUGGCAACGAAAUAAACUAUGAGAAUAACCACACUAAGGCUGGAACAGACAUUCCCUACAUAAAAAACGCUAAAUGGAACAGGUACCAGUACCCAUGGAGUCAGAGAGGCUGGAGUUCCAUCACUGAGGUAGCAGACAGCUCUCACAGUAGUGCUGGAACAGGUCAUCUUUCUCCAGAGGAAAACGUUGAAAGACGUCGCUGUAACAGUGACUUCGCCUCGUCAACGUUCACAAACUUCACCAUGACUAGACAAGACUGGGAUCAGCUGAUUGUGCUGGCAGAGGCAACAGGGAUGAAGUUGUUGUUCGAUGUGAACCAGUUCUACCGGGGUAAGGAUGGUUCCUGGGACCCCACCAAUGCUAGGCUCCUCAUGCAAGCUGCUGCUGCCAAGGAUGCUCACCUUAUCUGGCAGCUGGGCAACGAGCCCAACGCUUACACUCACAAUUUCGGCUUCAACAUCACCGGAGAGAGGUCAGCCAGUGACCACCUGCAGCUGUACCGGGAGCUGCAACACCACUUCCCUGGCCAAGCACCCAUCGUGGCUCCAGACAUCACCAGACCUAAACAACGUGGCCAGCAGCAGGACCACCAGGGCUUGGGCGAGACGUCGCUGGAGUUCCUCAGAGUGUUUCUGGGUUCCCUCAAGAUCAACUUGACUGCUGUCACCUGGCACCAGUAUUACAUGGAUGGCAGGACGGCCCAGGUAGAAGACUUCCUCUCCCCCUCUUUGAUGGACCAAUUCAAGUGGCAAAUUACUCAGGUGGUCUCGGUCCGUGACCAGUUCUCUCCCGGGACUCCUAUUUGGCUAACGGAGACAAGCUCAGCCUAUGGUGGUGGUGCCAGGGGUCUGAGCGACGCCUUCGUGGCUGGUUUCCUCUGGCUGGACAAGCUGGGGCUGGCAGCCGCCCUCCAUGGUAGUGGUGGAGUGGAGCUUGUGGCUAGGGAGACGCUUUAUGAAAGCUGCUACGCCCUGAUUGCUACGGAUCUAGUUCCGAAUCCGGACUACUGGCUCUCUGUGCUCUACAAGCGUCUUGUAGGAGGUAGAGUUCUAAGUCUGCGUCUUAGGGGAACUCAACCCACUACUCGCCUCUACGCCCACUGCCUCAGGAACCUAACUGGGGAUUAUACACCAGGAAGUGUGGUAGUGUUUGGGAUGAACCUGUCCAAGGAGCCGGCGCAGGUGACUCUGAGUGGCCACCUGGCCACAUCACCUCUCCUCCAGUACCUACUCCAGCCACCUGAUGGAAACCUGCAGUCCAGACAGGUGAUGUUGAAUGGCAGAGUGUUGGACGUGACAUCAGAUGGGCAGCUGCCAGACCUAAUGCCCAGCUCCCAGCCCCCCGGCACCCUCCAAAUACCCGCUACCUCCCUGGGUUUCUGGGUCCUGCCCCAUGCCCAAGCCCCCGCCUGUGUGUAACCAGACCUUCCUCUAUACAAGUGCUGCCUCAUGCCCAUACCUACAGUCUGUGUGUAGCUAGACAACCCUGUACAUGUGUUGCUUCAUGCCCUCACCUCACCCUACCCCGCUGGUGGGCAGCCAGACACCUCGUCAAACACAAGGAUAUCUUCAACACGCGGAAGUCCUUCAGGUAACAUGUUAGGCAGCGUCCGGCUCUCCAUCAGCGGAAUAAUAAUAAAAAUAAAAGUGAUCUUUAUUUCUAAAAGUACGUGUACAAGGUAUAUAGGCCUGGCUGACAUCAAUGACACACUACUAUACAGAAAGCCCCUUGUUAUGCAGGGCAUUUCAGGCAAAUUAGGCCUUGUCCCAGGAUGCGACUCACACCAAUCGACUAACACCCAGGUACCAGUUUUACUGAUAGGUGAACAGAGACAGCAGGUGUCUUAAGGAAACACGUCCUAAUAUAUUCACUCGUACCGGGGAUCGCACCACGGACCUCAGUGUGUGAGCAGAGUGCCUUAGCAGGCGAGCUACGGGAAAUGAAUCAAGCCUGCACUAGUCCUCCCUCCUUGGGUCAAACCUGAUUACCCCAAACGCUGUAUGACCCCUAUGAGUUUAGAGCUACCUCAUAAAUAUAAUACUGAUCUAACACCACCACCCCUUGAGCUGAAUAACUCACACGAGUUUGCCUCUUCACGUAAAUGAAUAAGUCUUCAACAUCAUUUUUUAUAUAGCUUGGGUUUGGUUAGAACCCAACCUAACGGAAUCUAAAUUAGAAUACAAGGAUGGGGGAACACAGCAGCAGUUCUACUAAGUGGUCCAUGUUAGGCAAGUCUAUCUCACACCCACCCACGCACGCAUGUACUCGUCUAACCUACAUUUAACAUAACCUUACUUAACCUAACCUCUGUAGUAAAUAUUGACCAAUAAUAAUGAUAAGGAAGUACCAUAUGUGUAUUGUACAUGCAACAUUAACGUGAUCUUGCAAAUUUAGGAACAAUAUUGACUCGGUCACAUCACUGACCUUGGCUUUUAAGUGAUGGAAGAAAUCGUUCUUGUGAUUGUUUAUUGUUGGAGAGCCUAGUCAUGAAGGAACACUGGCUGUGUGGGGUGUGGGUAGGUUGUGGGGAAGAUAGGAUUGCUGGUAGGCUGUGGGGGAGUGAGUAGGCUGCUUUGAAGUGAGGUGUGGGUAGGUUGUGUCGAAGGGAGGUGUGGGUAGGCUGUGUCAAAGGGAGGUGUGGGUAGGCUGUAUCGAAGGGAGGUGUGGGUAGGCUGUAUCGAAGGGAGGUGUGGGUAAGUUGUGUCGAAGGGAGGUGUGGGUAGGCUGUGUCGAAGGGAGGUGUGGGUAGGCUGUGUCGAAGGGAGGUGUGGGUAGGCUGUAUCGAAGGGAGGUGUGGGUAAGUUGUGUCGAAGGGAGGUGUGGGUAGGC